CACGGGCUGAGGGUGGACAGUCAGCCGAAAGGAACCGGCCGCGUAGCAUGUCGGUCCGUGAGUGUAUGUUUUGUGCAUAGUUGAACAGUGACAUGCCGCGACCUCUCAGCAAGGGACGCCCCAAUGGCAGCCUCAGCUUCAGCGUUCUCGGUAGGUUGACAAGACCAGUGCAGCUUUUCUUCCCAUCGUGUCAUCUCGCGGCUAUCAGAAAACUUUUAGAAGCCGAAGAGCCGAGUGAGACGUGCCCCAGCUGCGAAAUGCCGUUUGACAAAGGUAAAAAGAGGAAGCUGAUCGACACAUGCGGCCACGAAAGAUGCUACUCUUGCAUGUUCACCAACGAGAUAUGCCCCCUCUGCAAUCCCCACCAUGCGAAUUCUCCAGUGAAGAAAAUGCCUGGGACGGGUUUGAGGGACUCCCAGGGCACUCUGAACACAGAAAGCAGGCAGAGAACCGGGGUUAAGACAAACGGCCACCUUUACAUGCAGGCGAGGACCGACCAGACGAGGGACACAUCUCCGAGUCGACUCCCGAGGCCGAACAAAGAAUGCUGCAACCAUCCCUGCAACGCCAUGACACAGAGCUGCCCUACUCCGCCCCAGGGCCGAAAGAAGUUCUUCCUCAGCCCCAAGGCCCUCAGGAACCCGUGGGGUCUCAGGAAUUCUUCCAGGGCCCCUUCGGACAAUGCCCUUUCUGCGUUUAUGACUUCAUCGGCCUCUGCAGCGAUGGAGUCGCGGAGGUGGUCUUCAGUUGUGCUGGGGAAAAUAAAAUCACUCUGGAGUUCCUCAUCCUCGGCAAUGACAGGCCUCAAUCAACUAGUAUCAGAUGAUGAAGGUGGUAAUAUUAAACCGGUAUGCCAGCCGAAAAAGAGCUCCCAGCAAGACAUGUACAUGCGGCUGGGUCUUUUACUCGGAGAAAAUGCAAAGAGAUCCAACUCGAGGACUGGUAAUCGUAGCUCAAGAAGCCACGAUUCAAUAUCAUCCUUGGCAAGUUUGGAGGCGCACACAUUAGCUUCAACCAACACCAGUCCUGUCUCGACAUUGACAGGUUCGUCAGAAGCUGAUCCCCAUAGGACGUUGAAAGAACCUUCAUCCGAUAGCGUCGGGUCAUUAAUGUCGAUGUCAGGUCAUAGCAACUGUUCUUCAAGUCCACUUCAACGCAGGCAUUCCCUAACAACAUCCCAUCCAGGACAACAGCAAGAGCUCAACGCAUUCAAAAACAGAAAACAGAGCAUUAGGAGGUCAGCAAGGUCUGGUACAGUCAAAGGGCCCAUUGACCCUAAAGUAAGAUUCGCUCAAUAUCGUGCACAGCAGUUACCAUUGAAGCCGUUAUUCUUUGAAGUGCCGGUUCAAGAGUCGGAUCCCAUCUUCAUCGGUCGCGAUGGGAUUGUGAAGGAAAUCGAGCAUUGCCUCGGAACGUCUUUGCCGGGUGUGCUCAUUUCGGGGCAUCCAGGAACUGGAAAAACCGCCUUGAUGUUGCAGCUAGUCGAAUAUAGCUGUUUUGGUCGUAGGAAGCAAGAUCUUCAUGUUUACAAUGGCAAAGACAGGCCAAAUCCAAGCUCAAGCACAACUCAAAGCAUAUACUGUCAAAUUAAUCUAGUCUCAGAGAGAAUUCAACGUCUCGCAUCUCAUGUCGUAGCGUAUCAUUUUUGUCAGUCCGAUAACAAUUCUACAUGUCACGUUCCCGAUUUCAUACACUCCAUCGCAGCCCAACUGUGCCAAGCACCACAGCUAUCGGCAUACAAGGAAUAUUUACAGACUGAACCUCACGUUUUGGCAUACUUAACAAUUAAAGAAUGCAUGGCUGACCCAGACGGAGCAUGGCGCCAUGGCGUACUUGAACCCCUAUCAGCUCUGAGGCGUGUCGGAAAGCUAUCAGGGGUCAAAUGUAUUAUUCUGAUCGAUGGCCUUUGUGAAGCUGAGUACCACAGGCCUGAUACUGGAGACACGAUCGCUUCAUUUGUUUCCAGGCAUUCGCAUGCCGGUCCAUCUUGGUUGAAGUUUGUACUUACAGUCAGAACCCAUAUGGACGAAGUGAUGACCACAAUGCCAUUCCAACAACUAAGUUUGGACAUAACGAGCACGCAUAGUGAGUCGCUUCAGAAGGACCUGCUCGACUAUAUCAACUAUAGGGUGACACACAGCCCAAGCAUCCAGUGUAACAUUAUAUCUGGAGCCAAUGGACAGUUUCGGUUCUGCCAGCACCUUGCUGGUUUAGCUAAGGGUUCGAUGCUCUUUGCCAAGCUCACACUCGACCUUAUCGAAAGAGGCAGCCUUGUAGCGAAAUCUUCAAGCUACAAGGUCCUCCCAGUCAGCCUUGCACAGAUCUACCUCCUUCAUUUCAAUCUACGCUUUCCGACUAACAAAUCCUUCGAGAAGGUCGCUCCGAUAAUAAGCGUCUGCCUAGCAGCUCUUUACCCACUUACGCUUCUUGAAAUUUAUUAUUCGGUCAAUUCGUUAAAUACAGUCGAUUUUCUAUCUUGGGAUGAGUUUCUACAGCGCUUUAAGUGCUUGUCGGGCCUUCUGAUCAAACGUAUGGAUAACACAUACAUGUUUUUCCAUCCAUCCUUUAGGGAGUGGCUGAUUAGGCGGGAUGAAGGAGAGAGCAUUAAAUUUUUAUGUGAUCUCAGAAAUGGCCAUGCUGGUAUCGUAUUCAGGCUAUCUAGAUUAGAAGCACCUCUCGAUGCUGACAAAACUUUGGAACUUGGCCAUCACAUUUUAAAAGCGCAUAUUUACAAAAACAUGACUCUUCACAGAAACCCUUCUCGAGACCUUCAAGCACAUUGGGUUGCCAAUAUGGCUGCGGAUGUUUCUGGUGCAAUUUGCUCCUUGAGAAACAUAUACAGUCCUAAUGUCAUGGUUUCCCGUUUAUUGUUGCUCGCUGGUGCGGAUCCUAAUCAUUUAACGGAGAAUCUAGGCCGAGCUCCAGUGCUAUGUUUGUAUGCACAUGAAGGCUGCCAAGAGAUGGUCAGUCUUCUUCUGGAAUUCGGUGCCAGCGUACACACGGCGAACAGCCAGGGUAGCACCGCCUUGAUCCUGGCUUCAACAAGAGGACAUAUGCAUGUUGUGAGCCAACUCAUUGCAGCGGGUGCUUCACUAGGCCAUGUUGACACUGGUGGAAAGUGUGCUUUGGUGCAUGCAGCGAGAAACGGCCAUCUGAAUGUAGUGAGUUAUCUGAUCUCAUGUGACUGGAUGAUCCAGGACAACAAAAACGAAGUAGAGUUAGCACCUGCCUUACAGCAAGCUCUGGUUGCUGCUGCUGCCCAAGGACAUGUCGAAAUUGUGGAAUAUCUGCUGGACCUAGCAGAGGUGUCUCCGAGUAUGUGUGACAAGCUGACAGGAGAGACUCCACUCACUGUUGCUGCCAUGAACGGCUGUACAGAAAUAUGUUCAACUCUCGUGGCCAGGGGUGCCCACAUUUCACAAGUCAACCAAAGGAAUCUUUCUCCACUCGUUCUGGCGGUGAAAGAAGGUCAUUGGGUGGUGGCUGAAAAAUUGCUACAGUUGCAUGCCCCAGUCGAACAGGUCGAUGACCAAGGUAGAUCGCCAUUGAUGGUCGCUGCGUCAGAAGGCCAUGUCGGCCUGAUCGAGCUACUUUUGGAUAAGGGAGCCGACUUAGAUAAAGAGGACAAACAAGGACAGACUGCACUCGUCUGGGCUUGUUCGAGAGGUCGGCUCCAGGCGGCGCAGGCUCUAUUAGAUCGAGGAGCGAGGGUAAACCAGGUCGAUGUAGUUGGCAAGAUCCCGUUGGACCAUGCAGCAGCUCAGGGCAAUCCAGCUCUUGUUCAAAUUCUGCUGGAGAGAGGUGCACUGCUGGAACAUGUAGACAUGAACGGACUCCGACCCCUUGACCAAGCGAUAUUAUACCGCAAUAUCCCUGUAGUACAGAUAUUUUUAAAAAAAGGUGCUAAACUUGGGCCAACUACUUGGACAUUAUCAGAAGGCAAAAAUGACAUUAUGAUUGUUUUGCUCAAUAAACUGUUGGAAGAUGGGAAUGUGUUAUAUAGGAAAAACAGAUUACAAGAAUCUGCUCACCGUUACAAUUAUGCCUUGAAUAAGUUUCCCCCUCUUGAAACCCUCGAUUCAUCUUUCAGACAGCUAAGGCUCAACUUUUUGCUCAAUCACUCAAGGUGCAAACGAAAAAUGAAUGAGCCACAGGCAGCAGUGGACCUUGCAACACAGGUUUUGAAACAAAAACCUGACUGCUACGAGGCGUACUACACAAGGGCAAAAGCACAUGUUGACCUCAGGGAGUACGAUAAUGCUUUGCAGGAUGUGCAAGAAGCGCUUAUGCUCGUGCCACCCCAGAACAAAGACAUCAAGCGCAUCUUGCUCACGUUGAGGGAUGAGAUCAGGUUUGGUAAAACAACUGCCUCGGUUGACACUCUAAAUCAAUCCGUAACCAGCCUGUGAAUUAGUAGUUAUAAUAUUUUAAUGUAUUGGUGUUUUUUUUUUGUAAUUAAUCUGUAACUUUAAUUUUAAAAGUGAAAUCAAAGACUGGUCUUUUCCUAACUGUGCCAAGACUUGUUGUAGGUUCAGCAAUUUUUAUACUUAGCUCUUGCAUCUUCCUUAUUAUUAUAUAUAUUUAUAUACUCAUAGUGCUAAGCACUUUGUUAUUAAGUCUGUACUUCUUCGGUUCAAUUUUUUCUCCUAUUCUCUUGCCAUGAAUGUAAAGAACUGUAUGUACGAUAUAGAUUAUAUUUAUAUUAUUUUGUUAGUAGUUUUUUCUUUUAAUAGUUCCAAUUAAGCAUUGGUUUUCUUUUGUCUUGUUAAGAAACCUACAAUAGGUUGUCAUCGGCUUCAAGCUGGAAUUUUUAAAAAUUAAAAUUAAAAAAUUAAAAAACAUUUUAAAAAGUGUCAGUUAUGUAUGAGAAAAAUGUUAUUUAAAGAAGAAAUAUAAUUAUUAAUUUAUUAAAUUAGAUAAAUUUUAAUAAUGUUGUUUGUAAUAGUUUAACUUUGAGUGAGCAAAAAGUGCUUAAUAUUAAGUAUCGAAGUGCAAAAUCUAUUUUACGAUUGUCUAAAUAUGCGCUUCUUUACUUUAAAAGACGUUUGUUUUGUAUAACUAUUUUGAAAACAGUAACAGAUUAAAUGUUUGCAAGUUGUAAUACUGUCAGAUCAGAAAUUUUCAUUCAAAAUAAUAUAAAAAUACAAAAGAAAAAGCAUAAAAUUAAAUAUAACAACCCAGUCUUCCCCAAAAACUAAAGGGUAUACGUAUUAAGAAUGGAAAAAUUGUUGUUUAAUAAUGUUUUGACAAUAAACAAUUACAUCACCA